AUGGAUCUUGCGUGGCUCGCCGAGGCAAGGGACGCGGUGCGUCAAAGCCAGGACUGGCGACGCCUCCAGGAUGGUAUCUACUCGCGCGUGCAAACCGUGCUCAAGCAGCACAAGACCAAGUAUUUUUCCGACCUCGGCGACGACGAGCGGGCGCUCGUGAUGGCGCAGGUCGAGCUUCACGUGGCUGACGACGCAGCGCACGGCCGCUUCCUCCAGCAUGUCACCACUGUACUCGAUCAUCAUCUCAGCAGAGCCGUCGAGAGCGCGUACGCUACUGCACCACCCGAGGCAACCAAGAAAACCUUGCUGCUCGAUGCCGCUGCCGACGCCGCGGCGACCCUCGUCGUGGGGCUGCCACCCGAGCAGCGCAGUUUGCUGCGUCUCCUUCUCAACACCCCGUUUCCCGUAGCCUUUCGCCGACACGCAUGGCAGCUCUUCUUAGCGGACGCGCCAUUGCGGGUGCGGUACGACACCGCCUGCGUCAUCGACCGCGUCGCCACCAUUUCGCUUUUGGACGCCGACAUUACCGACACGUGUCGCCGCAUCCUCGAGGCCUCUUCCGCGCUCAUAACGACGGCAUUCCGCGAGUCGUGGAUGGCCAUGAAGACGGUCCUCUCGUACGCCCACGCCAUUGGCGCCAUGCCUGAUGCGCGCAACGACGCCAUGUAUGCUCUGUGUGUACCUCUACUCCUGGUCUAUGGCACGACAUCGGUGUCAACCCUCGUCGAAGCCUACUGCGUCUUGCUGCGUCUUCCGCGGCCGCGGCUGCCGAACGCUGUCGCGCCGUGUCUGGACGCACUGCAUCGCAUUGAUCCACCGCUACACACCCACUUGGUCUCGGUGCUGGGCUCCGCUUCGUCCGAGGCGUGGCUGCCGCUCUUGUCUCCGUUUGUAGAGCAGCUUUUUGUCGGCAUUGCGACCAAGGAUGUUCUGCUGUUUGUUUGGGACCAGCUCUUCCUCGUCGGCGCCGAUCGACUCUUGCCGGACCUCACUGCACUCGCGCUCGUAGACCUCGCAGGUCCGUUGCUGCGUGCGCAGUCGCUCGACGAUGUCCUGCGCGCCGUGCACCAACCGACGCUUCAAGUGUCGACACUGCAAGAGCUUCUCGAGACUUGGAGCCUCCCGACCAUUCGGCAAGACCUGCAAUUGACCAAAGAGUCCGACUUUUUCACGCCGACACGCGAGGCAUCUGUACCCGUCGUUGAGGCGCCCUGCGUCGAACUUGAUGACAUGAAUGCACUCACACCGCUACUGUUGGACAUCGCCAAGACGCUGUGUGGAGUCUACACCCACGACACCGCCUACGACGAACGCGGUCAAGAAGAGCAGAGAUUGCACGUCGAAAAGGCCAACGCGUUUCGCCCACUGCUGCGUGACGUGGCGCAGACGUUGACGGCAGUGUGGAUAUCUGGUGACGACAUCUUUGGUCGUCAGGCCGAGGCAGACGAAACCCGACAGCGCGACGUCGUGGCGCAGAGCCAAAAGGCAGCGUUUGGCCGGACAUACACGCCCGACGAGAUUGCUCAACUCCACGGAAAAGCCAAAACAGCGUAUGAGAAGAGACUCCCCAAGUUUCACGCGGCGUACGCGGCGCUCAAUCAGCGAUCGUAG